AUGCCCGCUGCUAUGGAGCCCACCCAACAGGCCGCCAUGACCGCUGAUAAUGGCGACAUCGUCACACAACAGCCUUCUGCUGAGCCUCAGCCUGACAUGACCAUGCGUGGUGGUGAAGAGGCUGGAUGCGAGAUCUGCUGUGGUCUCUGCGCUUGCGAUGAGGGCUGCUGCUAA